GUUCCUUUCAAGAAGGGCGGCGGGGGUGGGGGCGGGGCGGAGGCGGAGCGGGCCGUGUAAACAGACCCGGGAGCCGCGAGCCCCGGAGGAGGCGCGGGCGGCGCCGCCAUGGACUUCCAGCAGCUGGCAGAUGUCGCGGAUAAGUGGUGUUCCAGCACGCCCUUCGAGCUCAUCGCCGCCGAGGAGACCGAGCGCAGGAUGGACUUCUAUGCCGACCCGGGCGUAUCCUUCUACGUGCUGUGUCCCGACAACGGCUGCGGCGACAGUUUUCACGUGUGGAGCGAGAGCGAGGACUGCCUGCCCUUCUUGCAGCUAGCACAGGAUUACAUCUCUUCCUGCGGCAAGAAGACGCUCCAUGAAGUCUUGGAAAAAGUCUUCAAGUCCUUCAGACCUCUGCUGGGGCUUCCAGAUGCAGAAGACGACGCAUUUGAAGAGUACAAUGCAGAUGUGGAGGAAGAGGAGCCAGAGGCGGACCACCCGCAAAUGGGGGUGACCUUGCUGAGGAAAAGCAUGACGGACAAAUGCAGCCUGUACUUUUUAUGUACCUUUUAAGUGUCCGUAAGUGAAAGGUUUUGCUUAGAAAGCAUGAGUCUUAAUAUCUAGUCGUGAACUGCACAAGUGCACACGCAGAGGGCGAGGGUGGCUGAGGCCCCUUGCAGAGGGCCACCGCUGCUGAAUUGGUUUCCUGGGUAUGUAGCAGCCAGCCGCUGGUUAGUGUAAAUGUUUCAUGGUUGUUCGAUCCUUUUCAAACAUGCUAAUUCCAAAGCCACUUUAAAUUCUAAUAGUGGAAAGUAUAGAUGGGGUGAAAGAUAUAAAUUAUUCCUUUAAACUGUUUAUAAACCUGCAUAUGAAAUGAAA